CCAUCCUAACUCAUCAAAGUGAUAAGACUCUAUCUCUCUCAUGCUUUUGUUCUCACUCUUCUUUGUUCUCUAUUAUAGUUUCAAAUAGAAAAAUCGAAUAAAACCUACUAAUUCGAUCGAUGUUAGUUUCUGUCCUUAUUUCCACCAACCAACGAAGAUAAGACCCAAACAAAACCCACAAGGCUAGAAACCAUGCGAAAUCUCCAAUCCCUUCGUCUCCAGUUGUUUUCUCGUACACUAUUUACGGUCGGUUUAGUCACUCUUCUAAUGAUCGAUGCGUUUGCAUUACAAAACAACAACGAAGCCGACACAACAAAAGAGACUACUACCAUUAUGUCGAUGAAAAACUCCAUUACACACGGUAAGGAGCAUGAAGAUGGAACAAGACAUGGUGAUCUUAGCUACGCUGGCAGCAAAAGAAAAGUGCCUCGUGGAUCCGAUCCUAUACAUAACAGGAGAGCAGGAAAAUCAAGACGGCCACCGGGAAGAGCAUAAGUACAGUGAAAGCUUGGGGAAGAGAGAGAAGUAUUUGUUGGCAAAUAGGUCUUGUAAAAUGUUGCUAGAUUCUCUUUUCCUGUUCAUUUGGGAUCGAAUCUUUUAAAUAUGCUCAAAAUAUUUGUGACCCUACA